AUGCAAAAACUGGGCUUCGAGGUAAGACUUACCAUGGUAAGCCUUUCGAUGCAAAAUCUAGGAGACGUCGUUCCUGGAUCGUACGACGGAUUUUGUUUUUCAAUAGUGCAAUCGAUAGCCCGAACCGAGAUCUACAAUUCUAGAUCCGUCUUAACUCUCUAUUUGUUACGAUUCAAGAGCUAUACGCAUUUUUCCGUGAGCCCCGAUUUCGGCCAGUUGACUCUGGGUGAUCCUA